CCCCCGCGGGUUGGUGGGGUCCCAGCGCACAUAGGGAGGCCCGGUGCGGGGCCGGGUGCUGGCCGGGCCGCAGGGCAGGAUGUCACCCGUGCUGUCACCCCGCCUGGGGGGCAGCGGGUCCCCGUGGCUGCGCCUUACAGCGGAGCUCUCCUCCCAACGGGGCUGUGGGGCUGCUCCAGCCCGGCUCCUGCCCUCCGUGCCCCCCAGCCGUCCCGGGCAGGGCUGAGGCUCAGCUCCGCAGCUGCCGCCUCCUUCCCGGAUGUCUCAUCUCCCACUCGUCCCCCGGCUUUUGAGUCACCCUCUGCUCCAGAGCCCACCUCUCCUCCCGCAUCGGCACCACGAAGGACCCGCAGCCGUCAGAUCCGAGGAGGACAAGCAGCUGCAGGAUGAGCUGGAGAUGCUGGUGGAGCGCCUGGGGGAGAAAGAUACAUCCCUCUACCGCCCAGCUCUGGAGGAGCUGCGGAGGCAAAUCCGCUCUUCCACUACCUCCAUGACCUCUGUUCCCAAACCCCUCAAGUUCCUACGGCCCCAUUAUGGCAAGCUGAAGGAGAUCUAUGAGAAUAUGGCUCCAGGAGAGAACAAGCGCUUUGCAGCAGACAUCAUUUCUGUUCUGGCCAUGACCAUGAGCGGAGAGCGUGAGUGUCUGAAGUACCGGCUGGUGGGCUCCCAGGAGGAGCUGGCAUCUUGGGGGCAUGAAUAUGUCAGGCACUUGGCAGGGGAGGUGGCCAAAGAGUGGCAGGAGAUCGAUGAGGCUGACAACGCUCAGAGGGACACGCUCCUCACCCUUGUCAAGGAGAUCGUCCCCUACAACAUGGCCCACAAUGCAGAGCACGAGGCCUGUGACCUGCUCAUGGAGAUUGAGCAGAUGGACAUGCUGGAGAAGUACAUUGAUGACAAUGCCUACUCCAAAGUGUGCCUCUACCUGACCAGUUGUGUAAGCUACGUCCCAGAGCCCGAGAACUCGGCUCUCCUGCGCUGUGCCCUGGGCAUCUUCCGCAAGUUCAGCCGCUACCCUGAAGCCCUGCGCCUGGCUCUGAUGCUCAAUGACGUGGAGCUGGUGGAGGACAUCUUCACCUCCUGCAAAGAUGUAGUUGUGCAGAAGCAGAUGGCUUUUAUGCUGGGCCGCCAUGGGGUCUUCCUGGAGCUGAAUGAGGAUGUGGAGGAAUAUGAGGACCUGACUGAGAUCAUGUCCAAUGUCCAGCUCAACAGCAACUUCCUGGCCUUGGCCAGAGAGCUGGACAUCAUGGAGCCCAAAGUGCCAGAUGAUAUUUACAAAACCCACCUGGAAAAUAACCGGUUCGGGGGGAGUGGUUCCCAAGUGGACUCAGCCCGGAUGAAUUUGGCUUCCUCUUUUGUGAACGGCUUUGUGAAUGCUGCGUUUGGACAGGACAAGCUGCUGACGGAUGAUGGCAAUAAAUGGUUGUACAAGAACAAGGACCAUGGGAUGCUGAGUGCUGCAGCCUCACUGGGUACGAUACUGCUGUGGGACGUGGACGGGGGGCUCACACAGAUCGACAAGUACCUGUACUCCUCGGAGGAUUACAUCAAGUCAGGAGCCCUCCUGGCCUGUGGCAUUGUCAACUCAGGGGUGAGGAACGAGUGUGAUCCUGCCCUGGCCCUCCUGUCUGACUAUGUCCUCCACAACAGCAACACCAUGAGGAUCGGAGCCAUUUUUGGGCUGGGCCUGGCCUAUGCAGGCUCCAACCGCGAGGACGUACUGACUUUGCUGCUACCUGUGAUGGGAGACUCCAAGUCCAGCAUGGAGGUGGCUGGCGUGACCGCCCUGGCCUGCGGGAUGAUAUCGGUGGGCUCCUGCAAUGGGGAUGUCACCUCAACCAUCCUCCAGACCAUCAUGGAGAAAUCGGAGACGGAGCUGAAGGACACCUAUGCCCGAUGGCUGCCGCUUGGCCUGGGCCUGAACCACUUGGGGAAGGGAGAGGCCAUCGAGGCCAUCUUGGCAGCACUGGAGGUUGUGUCGGAGCCAUUCCGCAGCUUCGCCAACACGCUGGUGGACAUCUGUGCCUAUGCAGGCUCAGGGAAUGUCCUGAAGGUCCAACAGCUCCUGCACAUCUGCAGUGAGCACUUUGACUCCAAGGAGAAAGAAGAGGACAAGGACAAAAAGGACAAGAAAGAGAAGGAAAAGAAAGAGAGCUCAGCUGACAUGGGGGCUCACCAGGGUGUAGCAGUGUUGGGGAUUGCGCUCAUUGCCAUGGGUGAGGAGAUAGGUGCUGAGAUGGCUCUGCGCACGUUUGGCCACCUGCUGCGGUACGGGGAGCCCACCCUCCGCCGUGCUGUGCCCCUGGCGCUGGCCCUCAUCUCCGUCUCCAAUCCCCGGCUCAACAUCCUCGACACCCUCAGCAAGUUCUCCCACGAUGCUGACCCUGAAGUCUCAUACAACUCCAUCUUUGCCAUGGGCAUGGUUGGCAGUGGUACCAACAAUGCCCGGCUGGCAGCGAUGCUGCGACAGCUCGCCCAGUACCAUGCCAAGGACCCCAACAACCUCUUCAUGGUGCGGUUAGCCCAGGGCCUGACCCACCUGGGCAAGGGGACGCUCACCUUGUGCCCGUACCACAGCGAUCGCCAGCUCAUGAGCCAAGUGGCUGUGGCUGGGCUGCUGACCGUCCUUGUGUCGUUCCUGGAUGUGCGCAACAUUAUCCUGGGCAAGUCCCACUAUGUUCUCUAUGGCCUCGUUGCUGCCAUGCAGCCUCGCAUGCUGGUCACCUUCGAUGAGGAGCUGCGACCUCUGCCUGUGUCGGUUCGGGUAGGACAGGCAGUGGAUGUGGUGGGCCAGGCGGGCAAGCCCAAAACCAUCACCGGCUUCCAGACACACACAACGCCGGUGCUGCUGGCACAUGGGGAGCGGGCCGAGCUGGCCACGGAGGAGCACGUGCCUGUGACACCCAUCCUGGAGGGAUUCGUUAUCCUACGCAAGAAUCCCAACUACGAUGUUUGAGGGGGGGGUAGGGGGGGCCUGGGGGUGGUUAGGUGGUGGUGGGGGGGGAAGGAAAAAAGCCUUGUUUAUUUGUUUGUUUUUGUUAUUAAGAGUCAAGGAAAUAAACUAUGUGUAGAUGCCAGGGC